GUUCUCGGUAUGGCCCGACCUCUUCCAGGGAAGCAUGCCAUGCCAACAUCUCGAGGCUAUCCUCGCGCCGUUUGACUGUCAUGAGCAACUCUCACAGCGUGCUUUACUCUUCUGUGCUCAUGCUAGUCCAAGCUGUCAGUCCAGUAACUGACAGCCUUAGAGAGUGAAGGAACUUGAUACUUGUAAGUUGUUUUUAGACCGUGAUGCGCGCACCAACUUCUGCCUCCUUCAGAAACUUUUUGAGCUUUCGAAGCUACUACAGACAUUAGUGUCGCGUGUGUACCCAGUUAACACGCUUAAUGACUACCGAGGGCCCCAUGGACCGCAAGAUCCUCGUCACAGGCGCAACAGGCAAACAAGGCCGCGCUCUCAUUUCGUCUCUACGCGACUCAGAUUUCCGCAUUCUCGCUCUAACGCGCAACCCGUCCAGUCCCUCCGCCCUUCCCCUGAAGUCUCAUCCACAUGUAGAAUUGGUCCAAGGAGACCUGGAUAAGCCAGAAACGAUCAGGAAGAUAUUUGAAGAUGCCGGUGGGAAAGGGAGCAUAUGGGGCGUGUUUGUUGUGCUUGCGUUUCCUGGGUUGGGUGCGAAUGCAGACGGGGAGGAGAAGCAGGGAAUCAUGAUGGCGGACUUGUCUCUGGAAUACGAAGUUGUGCAUUUCGUGUUCUCGUCCGUCGAACGAGGGGGUGAAACGUUUGACGAAGAUCUCAUUCUCGAUCGCGCCGCGAAGGUGAAGAUUGAGAAACAUGUAAGAUCACUAGGUGAAAAGGGUUUGAAUUGGACAAUCCUGAGACCGGCAUUCUUCAUGGAGAACCUCGAUGGUUUUAUCGGGAGGAUCACCUUCACUGUGCUUCAUUGUGGUUUGAAGCCGGAUGUGAAGAUUCAAAUGGUGGCCGCCGACGACAUUGGCCGUCUAGCAGCAGCAACGUUUCAGAACCCUCAAUCAAGUACACACAAGAUUUUCGUCGUGACAAGCGACAUCCUUACUCCGGUCGAGAUGGACGCAGCCUACGUUCGGGCGACAGGCAAACACAUACCCUCAAUACCGAACUUUCUUGGACGGUUGUUGUUAGCAAUUAAUAGCGCUACAAAGGAGCUGAUCAAAGAUUUCGAACGCGUCCACAAAUUACGCACCGACGACCCAAACGGAUACGACGCCCAUCUCACAGAGACUAAGGCGUUCUUCCCAGAACUGACCUCGUUCGAACAGUGGGUGAAGCAACGACAGAAUGCAAAGCCUACUACACAGGAUGAUCCAAACUGGAAUAAGGUAUCGAUUUGGAAACUGGUGACAGGCAGACUGUGAUCGAAAUGGGGAUCGGAAUGUAAGGAUAUUGAAUAUUGAACCUUUUCAUACUCGAUCGCUGUAUAUCCCGUGGCAUUGUUUUUUACGUAGCCUAUAGUCCUUGCACUUCUCAUGAAAAUGGGCGAAGAAACUUGCGUACGGGUACGAAAUCAUCACCUAUGAGCCCAUUCACCAGGAAUGGGGUGUGUGUCUUCUUGUCGCCCUCCCCCAUACCACGUAUCUUCCUGGUGUUCACAGCAUCUAUUUCCUAGCAAGGUUGGCCCGCACACCAACAUUUGUUCCACAAAGCACUCGUGAUGCAGGGUACCCUGACCCUGCUUCGCUUGCUGAGCGUCCUGUGCCAUAGACAUCGGUGUGGUGGCAGUUUCACCAACUCCAGUGUUCCAAGCGAACAACAAAUUUCACCGAAUCGAGUAGCCGAUGUAAAUCGUCCUGACAUAUCGGUUCCAAUGCAGGCUCCUUGGUAUGUUGUCCGUCUGUGGAACUCCCUCCGGAUGAAACCCAGGCAAACUUUUGGGUAUGAUAAACGCUGUCGGUGCAGAUACGGACCCCUCGGAUGGCGUGUGUGCUUGUUAAGUGUCAGAAUUCAUGAUGAAAAAAGCCACGCGCUUCGAGAUCCGGAAAGAGUGUUUUAACUCGAGUUGCCAAUUGAAUGCAUUCGUCCUUCGUAUAACCACAGAGCUUCCAACCAAAUACCACGCUAUCCAGAUCUGGAAAUCGAUGCAGACAUUCUUUCAACGCAGCCUGCUUCAGGAAGGAGAGCGAAUUGGUAAGAUUACAUGUUAUCUCAAUCCUGAUUUGUCGAAGAGUCAGGGGAAGAGUCAGGAGAAGAGCUAGGAUGACCUGCGUGGGCAUUUCCCACUCCUGUUCGAAGAUACCCCAGACAUCGAAGUCUAACACCAGAGAGGUCAGUUGACGGGUAGAUGACAAGUGUAUGAGAUGCCACGGGAUAUGUCUCC